AUAUAUGUACACUUUGGUAAAGGUUCGAAAUUUCGAAUACUGUGUUUGCAAGAGAGAGAAGCUGUCAAAGAGUUUCUGUCUGUGAAAUUUUAGCAUAAUUUUUCGGGUUCUAAUCUAUAUUACAUGUGGGUAUGUCAGCUAAAGAAAUGACAUUGAGAUAGAGAGAGAAGAUAGGAGAGAUAGUGUAGAGAGAGAAAAUACAAAACAGAGAUUCUUUUUCCCUUUUAUCAGUGUAGAGUAGUGUUCAACCACCAGCCUUUACAGCAAUACACAGUUGCAAUGUCCUACAAUCUUGCCUUUUCCUUCAUCUUCAUUUGAGUAUUCAAGGCUGUCAUCAUCUUGAGAAAUGGAUCUGAAACUCUAUACCCAGAUCAAAUCAGACCUUGCCAAGCAGAUUUCUGAAGAAUUUCUGAGAUGGGUCUUUGAUUAUCUCUGAUUGAGGUAAGUGGCUCUUACAUUUUUGGCUCUUUGCUCUUGUUGUGUUUGCUUCAAUCCUCCCAGUCCUAUUUUCUGUGAAAUAUGGAAUUGAAAACCAACUGUUUCUGUAUAAACCUGAGAGAAAAGUAGAGAAAAAAAAAGAAGUAAAAAUCAAGUUCUCUAGGUAUCAAUAUGAGGGAUUUUCCAUCUUGUUUUGGUGAAAACGGAGUUCAAGUUGCUGAUUUCUCGUCAUCAAGUACCAAUAAAUCUGCUCAGAAUUUAGUUACUUGUGUUUAUCAAUGUCGAUUGGGAGGCCGGUCUGGCUUGAUUACUGUUACAUGGAGUAAAAAUUUGAUGGGUCAAGGGCUUGGUGUUGCCAUUGAUGAUAACACCAAUCAGUGCCUCUGUAAGGUCGAAAUAAAGCCCUGGUUGUUCUCUAAGAAGAGAGGAUCAAAAAGUUUGGAGGCAGAUUCUAGUAAAAUUGACAUUUACUGGGACCUUUCCUCAGCUAGAUUUGGGUCUGGGCCUGAGCCAUUGGAGGGAUUCUACUUGGGGAUCGCAUUCAAUCGACAAAUGAUUCUCCUUCUUGGGGACAUGAAAAAAGAAGCUUUCAAGAAAACCAGUGCCAGCCCUGUUCCUUCCACAGCCAUUUUCAUAGCCAAAAGAGAGCACAUCUUCGGUAAGAAGAUAUUCAGCACCAAGGCUCAGUUCUGCAAUAAUGGCCAACUGCAUGAUCUUGUGAUUGAAUGUGACACCACUGGCAUUAAUGACCCUUGCCUCAUCGUCCGCGUAGACAGUAAAACCGUGAUGCAGGUGAAGCGGUUGCUGUGGAAGUUCAGGGGUAACCACAUCAUCUUGGUUGAUGGCCUUGCUGUUGAAGUACUUUGGGAUGUUCAUAAUUGGCUUUUUGGUUCGUCACUCGGAAAUGCAGUUUUUAUGUUCAAGACCAGCCUUUCGGCUGAAAAGUUGUGGGCCAGCCAAGCCCUAUCCGAUCCCCAUAUGUCACAUUGCUCUUGGUCCCAGAGAUUCCGAGAUUCGCAAUCUCAAUGUCUUGGUUUCUCUUUGAUUUUGUAUGCUUCAAAGAGUGAAUAGAGGAUUCUCAUUGAGUGCUAACAAAUACUUGUAGUGAGCUGUGAAUUUUAUUUACUAUGUCACUGAGUCAUACUUGAUUACAAAUGGAUGCUUCUGUUUUUCCUUUACUAUUUUCCUCUCGAGGAACUCAAGCAACUUUAAAGAUCAGAGGUUUCUUUUGUUCUUGCUUGUAUAUCCUUGAACUAGGUAUUUCCUGAUUUUAUUUUUAAUUUCUAUUAAAAAAUCUAAAUUGAAUUUAGUUUGCUUGAUGGUUAUGCAAUGAACUCUCUGAUUGCUCUUGGUUUUUUUUUUUUUUCAAAAAUAUUUUAUAAAGAAUGUGAAUCAUUGAAGGCAGGCCUUGGCACAACGGUAAGGUUGCUCCAUUGUGACCUGGAGAUCACGGGUUCGAAACGGGAAACAGCCUCGCCGCAUGUGGAGGUAAGGCUAUAUACAUCUAACCCUCCUCAGACCCGGCAAUGGUGAGAGCCUCGUGCACUUAGUAUGAAGCAUUAGCAUGCCAUCAUUUUCUUACUUGUUGCUGUAUGACAUUUUUGUUUGGCUCAUGCUGAGAAUGUUCUGCCUAGCUGUAAGUAUCUCUUCCUCAAAGUUAAAUGAUAAAAUUUCAACACAGAUACCAACAUCAAUUGUUUUUGCUUUAUAACCAUUCCAUGAGUUUGACUUCUUUUUGUUGCAGGACCCUAUUUUAUUCUGACUUGCAUAAAGCAUGACAAAAUCAUAGUUACUACAUGUUCAUUAUCCAUAUAAGAGGUGCUGAAUACCUCGUACUUCCCUAACUUUGUAUGGGCUAAGUUUCAUGGAGACUUUUCAAUGGGGAAGAGCCUGCUUGCUUUGAGCACAUAUAAAUCUUCUGAUUUUGUAUCAGAUAUGCCUAAUAUAGAGCUACUGGGGCCUUUGAACUUUUUGUGUGCUUGCGUAAUCCAAGGCUUUCCUUAGGCACAUUUAAUGCAACUUUUUUAUAUUUAUUAUAGUAUACUUCCAUUGCCUUUUCUCCUUUUUUUUUUUUUCUUUUUUUUUUCCUGAGAAUAUGCUUCCUUUGCUACUAGUUAGUUAGAAUUUUUUAUAUUUGCCUUUGCUAACUUCUGCGCUUGUGGCAUAUAAUUCUGUGUGCUUACAAACUUUAAGCCUUGGUUCAGCUACAAUUGAUGCAACCUUUGGCAGUGACUAACAUAAGAAUCUGCAGAGAAACUGGUUCUUUAAAAACAUUAAAAUAUCUUUUGAUAGAACAGAACAUGUAAUGUUUGUAUAUUUUUUUCCAUACAUGGAAUGGAUCAACUUCUUUCCCAGAAGCACAAAAUAAUCAUGAACAUAUUAGACUUCACCGGGAAGUGAUGUAAUUGCUUGGCUUUUAUCAUGUUCCCUCAUAUAUUAUGUUUUCCUAUUCACACUCAAAUUAGCUUAAUAAAAUUCAACAUUUUUCAUAUCAUAAGAUUCAUCCAGAUUUGAGUUGUUUGGUUUGUUAAUAGACCUCAAGGGAAGUACUGUUCAGAAUAUCUUAAAUGUGGAAAAAGCGUAGACAUAAUGUUGCAAAGCUGAGAAUAGUGCUGGUGGGGUAGAUGGAGAGAGCAUAAACAUAGAAUUGAAGACAUUAUUGUUUUGGCACUACUUGAUUGUUUUCUUCUGCCAUCACAGGGAUGUGUAUGGUUCAAGUCUAUCCGUCUAGUUUUUCUUUUGAUUGGUCCAAUAUGGGGCAGUAUACAUCUUACUAAAUCAAACGAAAAACAAAAAGAUUCUUGGUUCCAUGGAAGUUUUAUAGCAUGGAAACAGAUACAGGAUAUGGAUGUUCUAUGAUGUGAACAUGAGUACUAGUCAAUCCUCAAGAUAGGGAUGGUCGGGCUGCAACUCCGAGUUGUAGAAUCAACUACUUGCUUCAACCUACCUCGGGUUGCCAUUGUGUUCAUUAUGUUCAUCCUUCACGACAAAAUUACUGUGUUACUCGAUUGAGAGUGAAACACUACAUUUGUCUAGAAGAGUUCUGGGUAUUAGAUGAUUCCAACACUUAAAACACAUAUGUACCACACUUUGACACAUAAACCUGAGUCAGUGAAUGUUUUAUUUUUUAUUUUAUUUAUUUAUUAUUGUUUUCUUUUUGAGAGCAGCAUUGGUGAAGAUUUUGAUUAUUGAUUUUCGUAUCUGGAAGGGAACAUUUCAGAUAGUUAAUCAUCUUUCGUCACAUUGUUCAGUUAGGAGAGCAAUGUUUAACUAACAAUGCUAUUCACUAGUAAAGGCCACUGAUAAAGACCUAAAAACAUUACUUGACUCAAAAUAUGACCCGGGACCGCUAAGGCUCUAUUACAGUCUGUAUACUGCAAGUCUAGAAGAAUUAGAAAUGGCCAAAAUACUAUUGACUCCCUAAACAUGAGAAAAUUUAAAGAGGAAAAUACCUGUAGCUACUAACUUAAAAUAAACAUGACUAAAGACUUCAAUCCAACACGAAACUUGAUUACAGAUGGUCUAGAUCUUGUUCCAUGCAGAAAUUUUCGAUUCUGUCGUUUUAUUGUUUUCAUGCUUUGUAAGUGACGUUGGAUCUGUUAUAGGAUGUCAAAAAACUUUAGGGAGAAGCAUUAUGGCAGGUUGAAUUACUACGAAUGAUGUUAUUUUAAGGCUACAAAGAUUUCGGAUGAGAAUUGGUGUCAAGAUAAAUAUUAGCAAUAAUGAAACUGAAUAUAAAACAUACAUUGACACGUUGCUUCUAUUGCACUGAAAUGCUUGUAAACUAGUCUAUCAGUUGAUGAUGGAAACUCGGAAAGAAAAAAACCAAUGACAGAGGCCAUGCGAUAUGAUUUCUGAAUUAGGGUGUUUGAUUUAGAACUGGGAUGUUAUUCAGAUUUUAUUUUUUUUGUUGUUGUUUUGUUAAAGAACUCAUUAACAGAUACUUAACUGUUAUCUAGCAUUGUCCGGAUCACUACCAAAGCUUAUAAAAUUAUUAAGUGUUAUCUAUGAUUUGAAGGGCUCUAAUAUUGCAUGUUCUGAUGUAGGAAGACAAAGGAGUCACCAGAUUUUGAUUCUAUGGUUGGAAAAAUCAACUUAAUCAAUUCUCAAGGGACUGUAAUACCUGUGGAGGUGAAUGGAGGAUUGUAGAGUUGGUUUCAUUUUGUUUUUCAUGAUAUUCUGGUUCAGGAAAAUGCAGGACUUUUCUGGAACCAUUGAUUGGUCUAAAAUUUCUUAUUUGUCUUUUGAAUCCUCAAUGAAGUAUAUAGUUGAGAAA